CCAUAAGGACACAGAAAUGGAAGAAGCCACGAAGGGCAGCAGAAGGGAUUUUACAGAGACAAAAAGAGGAGGGGAAACGAUUAAUUUAAUACACGAAAGCAUGAUGACAAAGGACAAAUUUGCGGAGGAAGAGGGGUUGGGGGCAUCCGAAGGGUCGGAGGAGACAGAUAGUUCAGAGGAUACUGACCCUUCAGAGAACUCGAAGAGCCCCAGGGAAAGGUGGGAUGCAGACGAAGAAGAGGUAGGAACAGGGGGGGAGGAGGAAGGAAAGCAGGCGAACGGAGAAGAUUGGAAAUCAGAUGCAGACUCAGAGGAAGAGGCGGAAGAGGAUUUCCUGGGGGUGGUUGGGAAUUCAUUAUCCGGAGAAGGGAAUGGUGAAGGGGAGGAGGAGGAGGACGAAGAGGUCAGGGAUGAUGGUAACUCUAUAGUUUCGGAUACUCAAAAAAACAAAGGAAAUUCCGCAUUUAAAGAUUUUAGAAUCUAUACGAAUGAAUCUUUUUUUCUUGACAAAGAGAAGCCCGAUCCUGUGCUUAGUACACAGGGACAUAUGGAAGCUGAAUUGAAGGAGGUGGACGGGGAUAAAGGGGAGGAGGGUGGAUCGGCCAAAGGGGGGGGAUUGACAGACACAGGGGAGAAGAAUCUAUUCAAUCGAUAUACAGGGAUAUAUCUUCAAGAAAGUAGCGGGCUGGAAUCCCCUUCCAAGAGGGCAAAAGGAAAUGACACCUCUGGGAUAGGGACUUCCAUGAAUGUGGUCGAGGAUGCUCAAAACACAGGUCCCCCGGAGGAGGAAUUUAAAGGGAGUAAACGGUCACUCCUUUGCAGAUCCUUGAGGAAGGAAUUGUCUCUGGCGGGCCCAAUGAGAACAAUAACGAGAGCAAUAAAAGACAGUGGACCCGCCAAGGAAUUCCUUACUCCCUUGAUCUGCUCAGAUACGGUGAAUGGAAUUAUGGUGCUCACACGCAUAACGCAGAAUGAGGGGCUCAAACUACCCGCGAUUCUCAUCACUUCCACCCCCUCAGAUGAGGAGGUGAUAGAGCUCACGAAGAGGCACGUUCUCAACCACAUGGGAACAGUGGCUCGUAUCCCAACUAUCAAAAUGAACAAAUAUUUGUCUGUGGUGAAGGAGAAACUAACGUUGAUCUUUCAUUUUGUAGUAUUGGGAUUGAGAUCAAUAAAUGAUUCAUUUGACAAAUGGUGUGAGCUGCGGGUUCAUUGGAUCCCACUCCAGGAUUUUCUGAUUAAUAAUAUAAGCGCGUUAGCUUCGCUGCACUUACCUGAAGGAAGAUCCGGGACAGUGGCCACAGAAUGGAUAAAACACCAGAACGUCCAGGACCUCCUAAAGGAGGAAACCCUCGCAAGAAUGUUGCAGGCAGUAAAAUCUGGAGGGGGUACCUAGAAGGAGAUGGGAAAAAGCAAAAUGGAGCCGGUGAACCCAGCCCCUCAUUCCGGUGGCAGCCGUAUCCAACAAGACGGCGGGGUGAGGCCUGAUGGUCCAACCGCCUAAACCGCCUAAACUGCGGAUUGCAACUUGGAACGUUCGUGGAUUGGGUGAUACUAAUAAAAAAUAUAAAUGCGCUAGAUUAAGGAAAUGGAUGCAUUUAGCUAAUGUGCAAAUUCUAGGGCUACAAAAAACAAAGCUCAACACUAGAA